AUGAGACAAUCUAAUUACAAAGAAAACAGACUGUAAAGUAGUUAAAGAAAGAUGUCAGACUAUAUAAAAAGUACAUUAGGAAGUAAUUCAUAAAUACACGAACCCUUAUCUAACAAAAAGAAUUAAUUGAAUGAAUUGGAACAUCAAUUACAAUAGAUAGUGAAAAUAAAGAGUUCCUUCCAAUAAUUUUGUGGAGUAAAAGAGAAUAAAGAAAUAAGACAAAGCAAGGAGAAUAGAGAAGUGCUGUAUUAAUACUAAUAACAGUAAAAUGUUGAUAGGCAAGCUUAGUUAGUAUAGACUGGGAAUUUUGGGCAUCCAGAGUCUCAAUUAUCACAUAGAAUUAGCACCCAAAGGACUUUACCAGCAUUUGAAAUUCAUGAGGAUAUUCCAACAAUUGAAGAUUUAAGAAAAUUACAAAAUUAGAUUUUGGAUUUGAAUUCAUUUACUGUAGAGCAGAUGGAUGAGUUAAAGAAAUUGUCCUCUAUAAUAUUAUUCAGAAUGAGGAAUAUUAGAAAAUAAUGA